AUGGAUUAUGAUCCAUCGGAUGAGAGAAAGGCUAUUGAUGAUACAAAAGCUGGUGUUAAGGGACUACUUGACUCUGGAAUAGUCGAGAUUCCAAGACUUUUCAUUAGGCCACCUCAUGAACUUGCUGAUGAGUUGAAUAUGUGCAAGUCAACUCUACAGGUUCCAGUCGUGGAUCUAAGUGGCAUAGAGGUUGAAGAUCGGCGUAAGAAGAUUGUUGAUGAAAUAAGGGAAGCAUAUGAGAAAUGGGGAUUUUUCCAACUGAUAAAUCAUAGGAUUCCUUCAAGUAGUUUGGAAGGAAUGAUCGAUGGGACUCGUAAAUCUCAUGAACAAGAUGCUGAAGUGAAGAAAGAGUACUAUUCGUCUGAUGCAACAGCCAUAAGAGUUUGUUGGAAUGUAUGCGUCCACUAUUAG